AUGUGAAUGGUACCCCCCCGGUACCAUUGUUAAUAUUAAUACAACACUAUUCUUUUAUUUCAAAAAAAAUAGUUUGAACUGAAAUUUCUUCAUGGCGAGCAGGUCACCAUCUAAAGUACCCCGUCUUGUUGUGCCGGCUGAAGUAUUUGUCAACAUCGGUGUUGCAAUUGGUGGUGAAGUUAAUCGUGCUUUGGGUUUCCUGCAAGAUGUUGCAUGUGGGGGAAACUUGAAACAGUUCUUGGUGGUUGUUGUAAGCUUGUGGGCUGCUGCUGUGAUAGGGAGUUGGUGCAAUUUUCUGACAGUUGUAUAUAUUGGUUUUGUUGCUGCACAUACAUUGCCGGUCCUGUACGAGAGGUACGAAGAUCAGGUUGACAAUCUAGUAUACAAAAUACUGGAUCAGCUUCAAAAUCAUUACCGUAAGUUGGAUUCCAGCGUUCUCAGCAAGAUUCCGAAGGGGAAGCUCGAGCAAAAGAAGCACGAGUAGCUGCUUACCUGCGUGACAUUGGAUGUAAAUGAUUCAUAACCCACCUCAUCUUAAAUUAAUCUGGGACCAUAAAAAAUUCCCUGGGCUAUCUUGAAUUAUCAGAACAGUUGUUGUGGUCUUCCUCCAGCCUCCAAUCUGUUUGUACUUGUAUGCUUUUUCGAUGUAAGUGUGCAGUAUUAGGGUGAAAUAACAUACAUACAAAUAAAGAUUACUGCAUGUUUAUUACUCA